CAGCCUAAGGAGUUACGUGUACGCCGUUAUCUCGCUGCAAUGUCGGACUAAAUCCCUCGCGCUUAAUAGGGAUAACUACCGAGGUCCAGCAGUUUCCAUCGCCGCGUGAUAAACAGCAAGCACCAAGAUGGCAGCUUUCGUCGCGAAGCAGAUGGUUGGAAACAAGCUGAACGCUGUUAAAGGAGCCGUAGGUGGCGAAGGCGGAGACGACGAUGACAAGGAGAAGGAGGAGGAGGCCGAAAGAGAAAGGCAAGAAGCCAUCAGGGAGGCUGAGGAGCGAAGGAAGGAGAAGCACCGUAAAAUGGAAGAGGAGCGAGAGAAGAUGCGACAAGAAAUCAGGGACAAGUAUAACAUAAAGAAGCGAGAAGAGGUACAGGAAAUGACCCAAGAAGAACCCAAUCCCUUGAUGCGUAAGAAAAAGACGCCAGAGGAAUUGGCUGCAGAGGCUGAAGCGGAAGACGAGGACGAGAUCACGAAGCUGAAGAACGUGUUGGACACGCAUAUACAAGAGAUCAAAGCGCAAGUACUGGAAGGCAAAUGCGAGCUCCAAUAAGCCUACCCACAUCCUUGAAGCGGUCGGUGAGGAGGGUGGCAUCAUGUGUCACGCCAGGGCCGUAUCCGCCUCUCAGCCCCUACGACAUCACGAGAAACGGAACCAGCGAGAUCGAACGUUGUCGGAGAAGCGAAGGGAAAGAACGAUACAGGAAGCCAUCACCACCAACGUCGUCGUCGUCGUCGUGGUCGUCGUCGCGUUGUUUCGACCUAUCAUCGGCUCGAGAUUCCAAUUGGCCAGUAAGGACGAUAAGACCAUCAAAGGAAGCGACAAACACUCGAAGCACCGCGAGAAACACGCUUCUCGAGGAACUCGUCGAGGAGGCUUUUCUCGGGUACAUCGAGGAUGAUCUCGAGGAAGAAGCGCGUCGACCGAACGGAAAAGCUAUGAACUUCGAUCGAUAUCGGUGACGACAGGGAAAUUCUAAGGGAGGUGCUUGCUCUUCCUUUCAGGAAGGAACGGUAUCGUUGUCGAGGACGAAUCUGCGAUAGGAAAACUAUUUUUCGAGAACGCGGAAGAAAUUUCACGAUUCUCCAACGGUAAUUAGACUUAGUAUCGAGAAAAGAAUAUUUUCAACGGGUACAAACUUCGCGGUUUCGAUCUCGAAUAAAGAACGAGCAGCACCGUGUACGAUCGAGGAUGAAAAGCUUGGAAGAUUGUCGGCAUCCGCGAAGGGAAGAAUAUCUCGAGCGACGAUCGACGAAAGCCUCUUUGGACGCGAUACGACCGGGCGAACUGUACGAGAGAAAUUACGCUCAAAAUUGCCAGGAUAAACGAGGAGAACGGAAACGAUCUUGAACGAGGACGAUCGCUGAACGAGAGCUAAAAAAUAAGGGAAGUUGCGGCAAAUUGGAGAACGCAGAGAGAGUAGAAUCGGCGAGAAUUCGUUUACGCCUUACGAUUCGGAAGGAGACGAAAGACGAGACGAUCGACGAGAGUCUCUCUUUUCGAAUAUCGUGCGAAUUUCGAUGGCGUAGACGAGACGUGAGCAGUCGAAGGGCGCGUGCAUAUAAACAUACCUAUAUAUAAAUAUAAAUAUAAAUAUAAAUAAAGAAAAAAAGGUAUAUAUAAAUAUAUAUAUAUACACGAAUAAGAAACAAGUUUAAACAAAAUGAAAAAAAGACGUAAAAAGUUAGUAUCUAAGUUUCUAGCGAACUUUCGAAUAGUGAUGUAACAAAGAACACUCCCGAUAGUAGAGUUAACGUAGUCACUAGUUCGUUCGACGGCUGUUCAAAACAACAAGGAGAUCAGAAAAGGAGGGAGUCAUUUAUUAUGAUGAUGAUUAUCAUUAUUAUUAUAUUAUUAUUAUUAUUACAGUUACGAAUUAUUCUCACGGCUGAAUUAUAACGCGGUCAUUGUUCUUAUUGAUUGUUAAUCAUUGAACGUUUAUAUUUAGAGACAAGUUAAGACAAGGAUCGAGGGCCACGAGAAAGUAGAGCGAAGAGACCAAUGGCUAACGAAACAAACACGGCGAAGAAUCGUUGAAAGAAUAAGAAAAAUAAAAAUUAAAAAAAAAAGGAAGUUUGAGCGUAACCGGCGGCCCUUGCUCUCCUCCCUUCCGUCCAAAUUCGAAUUUUUUCGAUUACCUCUGUCGAGCAAUCGCGUAACACCUGAUCGAUUCUUAGGUACAUUUAGUUAGAACGCCUUAACGACGAGGAAAAAAACCAAUGCAAAAAAAAGAGAAAAAAAAGAAGAAGAAGAUACCGACGCGAAGAAUAGCUCGACCGAGAACCGAGCAGCACUGAUACUCGCGUUUAAACUUAAAACAUGAAAAGAUGCCUUUCUUUCACGUUUAUAUACGGCACGUUUCUAUCGAGCGUUAAUUAAAUACGGUAGGUUAAUCAACGUUAGGCAACAACGUUCGCGAACGAUUCCGGGGGGAACAGGGCCUAGUGUCGAGACGUGGUUCGUUAGCUAAAUGGAGUUUCGGGUGUUAUCGCCGGAAACGUGUUCGAGACGAGCCAGUUAUCGUUCCAUCGCGUUUGUUCCAGUCGUCGCGAUCAAUCCGAUACGAUCGAUUAGCGUUCUCGAUCGUACGAACGACGCUGGACGGGAUGGACAGAGCAAUCGACUGCCGGCAAGUAAAGCGAGCCUUAUACAUAUACGAAGUUAACGCUUUAUCGACGAAAUCGUGCCGAUGGGCGGAUCGAGUGCCCACGGAACUGCUCACGGGCGCAACCAUAUGUACGGCAGAAAGGUUCAAAUAAAAAGAAUCUCGGAAUAUAAUGGACGAAUACAGUGCCAAUCUGCCCAUCGUACCUAUGGACUCGUUACGGAUUCCUAGGCCCCCUUUACAUGGAUAAGGUAUAACAAGCGAGUGCAACUAUGGUCAACCUGUAAACGCAUUGAAAUUGUGGAAGAGUACGUAAGAGAAAGUCCUUCAUUUUUUAUAACAAUUUGCAAGACGGAUUAUCGUCGAUAAAGCGUUAAAGCGUCGAGAAGAAUGCUCGAAUCGUAUAAAGGAAGAAAAAUGAUUUCUUCGCGGAUAUUUAAAGAGACUGAGAAUGAUUCUCAUUCGAUGAAAAAGGAUAAGUAGCAUCCUAUGAUACGGAUCCGAUCUAAAUACUUGGAUAGGUAUAUGUAUAGGGUGGAAAUAAAUCUGCGAUGGAAAUGAAAGGCAAGCAACUUCGCGCGACUAGUUGUUUCUUUUUUUUCUAUGUACGAGGGAUGAUGUAUGUAGAUGAAAACUUUUUUAUGUUCGAUAUCGUUUUGAUAGAACUCUAUUCUUACAUCUUCUUCUUCUUCAUCUUCUUCUUCUUCUUCUUCUUCUUCGUAACUAUCGAAUCUUCUCGAAUCGAUUCUGACUCUACGAUAACGACUAUCCUCUGAUUUCUUCGCCAACUCGAGAUUCUCCUAAACACGCGCUCUGUCAUACUCGUUCGAAUUCGAAAGAAUAAAAUCUCCUAGACAAUACGCCGCACGCUCGAGGAAAGAUCACGGGAUUUUCAUCGACGAUCAGCGAAACAAGAAAAAUGAUAAUUACACGGAAUAUGGUCCAAUAAUUUUGCGAACGUCGAUUCCCUCGGUAAAUAUAUCAUGAACAAGGUGUUUCACGAUUCACGGCACUAAAAUUGUUUAAUAUUUGUUUACGGUGCAUAUUUCAUGAUAAUUAUUUACCUACUAAAUUGCUGAAAACAUAUAACGGGCUUGACGAGAAAGUAGGGCAAAUAUUGCAAUGUAUGGAACUCAUAAAUAACACGUGUGUUGGCUAUGUAGUAAAAUUUUAAUAUUCGGCGACAAUACGACUUUGACAGUCGAAUAAUUGCUGUUCGCAGCGAUAUUAUGACUUUGUGCCGCAUAAAAGGUUGUAAAAUGCCUCCUGGUAUGUGUUUAAAAUUAAAAAGUUAUUCGGGGCACCGAGCUAUAUAGCGCGCGCAAUAUCUGGGUCACCGGGGUCGGCGAGAUGGACCCUGUUCUACAUAAUUACCAGAAGAAAAAUAAAAAUUUAAUUGAAUCGAUCUUUCCUCGACUCUUCGAAUGACGGAUGUUAAGGUCAGGACCGCGUCCUAGUUCGCGAAAUAGCAAACAUCAGCCGGAAGUCGGAUGGCCUUCUAUCCAAACGGACGCAUGUCAAGCUUUCUGUGUGUGUGCGUGUGUAUCUGUGUGCUGUAAAAUGCACCCUGUGUCGUUUAAUACGCGAGCACCUGUUAGUCGAUAGCGUCGACUGUUCUCUGUCGUUUCGAGCUAUGUUGCUUCUAAAGGUUCGCGAAACUCCGCAAUGAAAGUUCGAAAACGGAUCGAAAUUUUCUUCCAAAUUCUCUGUUCAAUCGAUAUUGUUUUUUAAGUUCGACGUCGAGAAAUUUGAACGAUCGAAUAAGGAUAAAAGUCGUUCGACCUCGUCGCUGCAUUUUUCGAAAAAUUUCAAACCGCGGAAAAGUAAAAAGUUUUCGCUGCGGUAAGAGAUUCAGGGGAAGCUUAUCUCUCUCGUGUUUGCGAACUUUCCGAAAAAUCGACGUAACGAGAACGGUCUUGCACGCGUUUCUUGACAGUCGGUUUGUCAACAGACCGAGAACUUUUCCAAAGUCUCGAAUCCUUGACUUUAUGUAACUUCGAGUGCACGAAUCGGUGAAGUUUCGCGGAAAAGUUAGUCUAUUAACCGAAAAAGGACCCGCGUUAAAUGUACUCGAAUGUCUGAAAACGUAAAAAGGAAAAUGUUGUCCUAUAAAUAAUAUUAAAUUAAAGUACUAAUUUGAGAAAUUGAAAGACGGCAAAUGGAAAAGUUAAACCGAAAGGAGGUCAAAAGGCACCUAACUAAAGAAGGAAUCUUCGCAGAGUCGCGCGAACCUCGUUCAACGUAAAUAAGUUAUCGAACUAAAACAAAAAAGUGAAAAAAAAGAAUAAGAAAUAGAAGCAACGAAGAGCAAUAGGUGGAUGUGCUUUUCGUGUUUAAAUCUAUUUGACGUAGUCUCUCUCGUGUCUCAAAGUGCAUGCUACCUGCCUCUCUCGUCUAUCGAUAUCGAUGUCGUUGGUUGUAUGUUCUCUACUAUAAGCAAAACCGAAUCCUUGAAAAUCAUUCGAUCGUCUACGCGAUUCAAAUUACACCUGUAUUUUGCUACCCGAGCCGCGAGCAACCUGUACGAAAGAAAGUAACCAGAGACUAUAAUUGAACGUAUCACAAUGAUUUUCAAUGAUUCCGAAACCCUCGCAUUCUUUCUCUCUGUACGGUUACGAUCUUUAGACGGAAACGCUUUCAAAGUACCUAGAUAUAUACCUUGUUCCCUUCGUCCAGAAGCAUCCAACAAUUGUUUCGCUGAAAUCGAACUCUCCUGUACGAUCUACUCUUAACACACACUUGAAGUCAAUUACUCAAUUAUUAAUCCAAAGAUAUAUCUAUAUUGAUUCUAGCCAGAGAAAAUACACACGUUCGUUAAUCUUGUCAAGUUUUUCGAUAUGCGUAUAAUAAAAAACGCGCGCGGGUUCGUUCGUUAACGAAGUUGACGCGCAAACGAUUAGGACCGGUGCGGACGAUCGACGUAUAACAGUUCUAAUUUCGCACCGAUGACGCUUGUUCGCAUUUCAGGAUGUCACGAAGUUUCAAUUUGAAAAAUUCGAAUAUUAUUCUGCCUAGAAUAAUUCAAUAUCAAAUCUGGUACAUAUCGGUAAUAAAUAGCCGUGACUCCGCGCCACGUGACACGACCGUCACUUUGCCGAUUGCGAUAUCGUAACGAGAUCGCGUUGCACAAUGAAAAAUACGAACCUGUCGAGUCGCAUAGCGUGACCUGUGCGAAAUCGCGACGACGAAAGUCGCGCGUCUGCACCGGUUCUUAAAACGGGAUUAAAGGAAAGGUGUCGACGCAAGUUGAAAGUGAAGGUAAAUCGUUCCUCGGAAGGAUCGUGUUCUUAUCGUUGCGAUUAAUGAAAGGAAAGCAAUUAACGUCAAAUUAUUUUCACGAACAAACGCAUUACGGUUCGGUAUUUAUCUAGGAUAAAAGAAUCAAAAUUGUGGGGUUUCCUCAACCUGUAUCGUUUCAAUGCAAUUUUGCGAAUACGAAUCAAAUCGGGAAACCUUUGUACAUUUGCCAGAUAACACGAACAAUAUUUUUUAGCUGCGAACGAAAUUCUAAAAAUAACGAACGGACCGUAAUGUCAGCGUAAAAUUGUACAAUUAGCAAACUGUUUUCCUUAUGCCUUUCUUGCGCUCUCUGUGUCUCUCUUUCUCUUUCUCUGACGCUCUGUUUCUCUGACAGCAAUCUUUCUCUCUGUCUAUCGUCUUUGGGAUACCCUUCUGCUCGAUGUACACCCCUCGCUGCUCUAAUAUUCUCUUUCAACUCACUACUUAAUCGUCUCGCAAAUGCACGUAAAAGAAAAGAGUAAAUAAAACGCCGUUAAACGAAGAAGACGUUGUUAUCGCUGAUUAAUGUCGUGUGUCGUUGUUGUUUCUCGAUGUGAUUUCAGCAUGUGAACGUUGCUCUAACGGUAGCUAAGUAGUUCGAAUCUUUGCUCUGUUCUUAUCCCUCGUGUAAUCAUGUAUUGUUACGAGCUCCACACAUGUAACUUUCAAUGGAUUUGAUUAAAGAGCUUUGUGUGCCUUUAGUUCUCGUCUACCUUAAUUGAAAAAACGUCAAGUUACGAUUCACACACAGCGCACCGAAGAUUCUUUCCUACACGUUCCUGUACGCGAUCUAUUUAGCGAAAACGAUUCGAUCGACAAACCUUUCGCGUGGCAAAUUGCGGUGUUAACCCUUUCGAUCGAGGUGAUUUCAACUACUUUUUCUCGGAAGGAAGGAGAAAUAUAUUUUUGUUAUUCGUUGAACGAUGUUAUAGCUAUAAGUGUGUUAUCCGCGUUACUCGAAAUUUCGGAGGAACUUCUGCGUUUUCUUGAAACAGGUUUAUUUUUCUUCUACGUAGAAUGUUUGUUGUAGCUUUAAAUGUGCUGCCUAUGUACACAUAUUUUCAGAAAGGGUUAAACUUUAUAAUUCGUAGCGUACUUGGGUGAGCAGGCCGUUUGCCGACGAUUUUCACCAAAAAUAAGAAAGAUCCUUCGAUUCCUACGACGAGGAAAUCGCGGUCCAAAAUUGAAGAAAAUCUUGAGAUACGCGUCCAAAAAUGUACGAUCGAAAGAGAUGUUCGAAGGGGAAAAAAGAUCGCGCGAAUAUUCUCGAGACUUUCUCUCGUUCUCCGAUUCCUUUCAUUCUUUCCUCGAUCUCCUCGAUUCCCUUCCACCCUUUCACUGUUGCCUCGAAAUUCGCUGUUCACGUUGUUAUGAUUGAGAAAGAACAACCCUUAACCGUCGACUGAAUUGAUUUCUCUUUCGUUACGAUCAUAACUGUAGCGAACUAUAGUUAUUUGAUAAAAUGCUGUAGUCGAACUACGGGAAAAUGAGUCGGAAUUGAAACGGAAUGUCCUGUUAGCGGAACCUCUCGACUUUUAAGGAUUGACAAACUUUUGAAUCGUGGUGCUUCUGUUAGGAUCACUUUUAUCUAGUUGGACCGUGCACGCGUUUCGAUUAUCGCUUUCGAGUGAGCCACGGUCGAAGAAAUAUCCUUCACUUUCGCACGAGCACGUAAAAAAUCAAACGAUCCUAUCCUGUCUUUUCACGUAUCUCCCCUAAAGCCACCCUUUGCCUACCCGCGGCACGUGGCAAGUGAUAUUAAAAAAAAGUGAAUAAAUACUUAAAAAUCUAUUCGAUUCGUGUUUCAUAGAUUUUAACAGGAAAAAAUGGUAAACCGAAGAAAAAAAAGAAACGUGUCCGGUUUCAGCGAAUCGUGACAAGUCUUUCUUUCCUUUGAUCGAUGUUAGAGUAAAACUGGUUCGUUGAAACGCGACACGGGUCCAAGUAACGUGUAAAACAUAGUUAAAGGACCGUUUUCUUAGGUACUUAAUUACCGGACAAGAGAUUAUUAAAGAGUCACAAAGAGUAUAACGCAUUUUAGGUACGACAUGCGCCGAAACGUUAAGAAUUAACGACACAGAUGCGUAACGUUCUUUUUUCUCCGAUGUACAUAGUUACGAAACAAAAAGAAAAAAAAGUGAAAAAAACCAAAGUUGGAUGUAGCGUUUAAAAGCGAUUUCGUUCCGCGAAAAUCGACGGAAAUGAAAGAAAACGAACGACGAAGCGCGAAAACCGUGCAUCCUUGAAUUUCGAAAAACCAUCGUUCGAUACGCUUCGAUUUUUAUUCUCGACGAAGCUAAUAGACAUUUCCAUCGUCGCGAUAACUGGUUUUACGAAAUUCCAAGCGAAACGAGUAGAGGAAGAAAGAGAGAGAGAUUACACACCGGCGUAACUCGCGAGAAGAACCGACUCGACUUAUUCAGAGACAACGACAAAAACGCAUUAUAAAGUAAUAAUGAUAAAUUAACGUUAAACAAUCGACGUAAUAUUGUUAUGAUCCACUUAACGACGGUGAUCUCGACGAUCGUUGCAUAAAAUAACGUAGACGCGUGUGUGUGUGUUUCUCGAUGAGCGUGCGAGAGCAACACCAUAAAAAAACAAGAAGAAAAAAAAACACAAAAAAAAGAAAAAACCUAGUGGAAAAAAGCGGCAAAAGAUCACGAUGUUAAGUAAAGUAAAAAAAGUAGUCGUUAGCUUUGUAUACAGAAAGAGGGUGCCGAUGAAAAUCGAACGGAAGAGAAAGAGAAAAACGAGGAAAGAACUCUGAUGAUUGACGAGUUUCCGGAGACGAAAAAAUAGACGGAUACCAAAAAGAAAAAUAAAAUAUAAAAAAGAAACAGAGUUCUUUCGAGUCAGCUGCCAUUCGAUGAGGGAGGACUCUCGUAACGUCAUCUUCGAGCGGACUUGUGCGAUUUUUUGGACAGGGUUCUUGCGAACGCACGGUGACUCCUCUUCUCGAUCGUACGAAAUAAAUUCCGUCAAACGUGUUUUCCUCGAGGAAAUUCUAUUUGCGCUGAACGAACCGUUUGAAACUUUCAGAAUGCUUCUAAACAAUGAAUAAUUGAACGAGGGAAAGCGACACCUGUCUGAAAUUGGAGUUCGCAGUCGCCGGAGAUUCGAAACUGCUUUGAAUUUGUUUCGAAAUUCCGUGAAACACGUGGGACACGAAUAGUUUUGUUCCUUUUUAAUCGGGACACUUUACAUUUUCGAAAAGAACAUCAUUCCGGUCGACGGCGCGGAAGUAUCGGCGACGGUAUGCAAAUUAUAGGGUUAGAAAUUUCUACGUUUGUUCGGAGUUUCGAACGUUUACGAUCGUAAUAUCGGAGGACAGCAUGUCGCCGUGCGACGACAGUCGCAAAGUAUCGCGACGUGCCCAGUGUCUUCGUAAACUCGUUGAACCGAGAAGCAAUAUUAUAGAUGCCUAUAAUUACUACUAUUAUACGUGUCUUAUACAGGAAAGAAAAAAAAGAAAGAGCAAAGAGGAAAAUUGCGUGCAUGUGCAUUUACACGUCAGAACACUGUAUCUAAGAACCAAAAUGUACCGUACACGCAUAAAAGCGAGAUUGAUUAACGCUGGAACAACCAACCAUUGGAAUUUCAUUUGAAAUUAUAACGAUUCUCCUUUUUUUUCGUCUCGGCACAAAAGAGAAUACGAUUCUGAUAGCUGAAAAUAAAAGAUAUCGACUAGCUUGGUUGUCCUAGCGUUAAAGAAGAGGAAACGAGAGGAAAAUUGUUGUAAUUUUGAGGCGUACGUUCACAUCGAUCUCUGUGUAAUUUUAUAUUUCGACGUUCGAAAAACAAUUGCAAAGCGUUUUUAGCUGCAUGCAACGACCAAUAAUAAUUUUUAUUGUAAUCGUUAACGACGUAGGGGAAGAUUGAAAAGAAGCAAAAGGGCAUACGGGAUUCUUGGUAAUAAUGCCCUAAAAAUCGCACCAAGCUUGCUCCGAGGAUAAAAGAAAGUAAGAAAGUAAAUGUUCAAAGGACACCAAAGAAAAUUCCGAAAAAAAGAAAGAGAAAGAUGAAUUAAAAAUAAAUCUCUUGUAUGAAACGUAGUAUGCUUAGCGGUUAAAUUAUUGGAAUACGAAUGAGUUGAUUAUCGAGCGUAAAAUAUUCUGUAACAUUUGAUGAGGAAAACAAAGUAAACGCCGGAUGGGUCGAUGAUAAAUAAUAUUAAUAUUGUUGUUAGACUAUGUAUAAUAUAUAAUAUUAUAUAUAUGAAUAUAUAUAUAUACAUACAGGUAUAUAUAUACAUAUAUAUGUAUAUAUACACAUUGAUAUAACAAAAAAAAAAAAAAAUGAAGUAACUUAGAUGUUAAGAGACCACUUGUUCACACGUACACCGACACGAAACAAACACACGUACGCACGAGAACGAUUAACCCUUUAUUUAGCGACAACGGUGGACGAUUGUACCGUUGGCUGCAAAGUGAACGUUUGCAAGAUUAGGUAUUUUUUAUACGUAGCGGAAUUGAUGUAAAAUUCUCUUGUACCGUUGAAAAAGUUCAUGUUUCUCCUCUGUAGUUUCAUUGUUACAAGUUAUGCAAUAAAUUAAUCGGUGAAAUUAA